AUGGAAGUCGAAUGGGUUGUUGGGCCUUUGCCAGACCUUGGUGUCGCAACGACCGAAGUUAUUGUGCGUUAUACCCUUGAAGGUGAAGGUCUUCAACCAUCAACGAGUGGCGAAUUCUUUACGGACUCCAUGGGUCGCACAUUAAUUCGACGGCUGCGCAACACUCGACCUGAUUGGAGUCUCAACCAUACUUAUCGUGAACCGAAGAAAAUUGAGGGCAACUACUACCCAAUAUUGAACCGGAUAAUGCUGAAGGGCAGUGGUGAGCAACCAAUGGGAUUUGCCGUCUACCCGGACAGAGCGGAAGGCGGUUCCAGCCUGCAGGAUCUCCAGGUGGAACUGAUGGUGCAUCGCGCCACUUCAGCAGACGAUGGACUGGGAGUUGGUGAGCCACUUGUUGAAAGAGGCAUUGCUGGUGGACUGAUUGUCAAGGGCACACACACCCUCAAACUUGGACCUCUGCGCACUGUGGAGGAUGAGGAUGCCACGAUGGCGCAGGAGGUCUCACGACCAACGCUACCCUGGUUCCUGGGCUCUACCACUGCGUCGCCUAAACAGCACUUUUCUGUUUUGGCCUGUCCUCUACCAAUCGGAAUUCACCUCCUGACUUUCAUGCAGUGGCCGAUUGAAGGCAUUAUGAAGGCCAGGCUAGCGAAUACCAAAUCCACUUCAGUACUGGUCCGCCUGGAGAACAUUGGGAACCGUUCUACUACCGUCGAUCUGAAUGGCCAGUUCUCGCUAGGUCAGGUGGUCAAGGUCACCGAGAUGACGCUCACGGCGAAUCAGGAGCGGGAAGCAGCCGAGGCCAAUCGGCUGCACUGGCCGACAGAAGGCAUCAAGCACGCUUUCACCAAGAAAGCUAAUUCACGGAAUGACACAGUUCUCCUCGACGCUGCAGAAAUUAAGACAUUGAUCCUGGAAUUUGCCAACCCAGACCUAAGCGGUAAAGCUUAG